AUGUAUAUACUUCUAGCCCUAUCCCUCCUGGCCAUGGCAGCCUCCAGCCUGUCUCACCCUGUGAAGGACGCCCCCUACACCAACCCCAUCCUGGGCGGCUGGCACUCCGACCCAUCGUGCAUCUACGUCGCCGACCACGACACCUCCUUCUGCGUGACCUCCACCUUCAUCGCCUUCCCCGGUCUCCCCAUCUACGCCUCCAAGGACCUCCAGAACUGGAAACACGUCAGCAACGUCUUCAACCGGCCCAGCCAGAUCCCCUCCCUCGCCGACACCGUCGGCCAGCAGGGCGGCAUCUACGCGCCCACGCUCCGCUACCACGGUGGGAAGUUCUACCUCGUCGUCUCGUUCCUCGGCCCCGAGACCAUCGGCCUCGUCUUCACCUCCACCAACCCCUUCGAUGACAACUCGUGGUCCGAACCCAUCCAGUUCCCCGUCCUCGGCAUCGACCCGGACCUCUUCUGGGACGACGACGGGACCCUCUAUGUUACAUCCUCGGACAACGGCAUCCGCUCAUACUCCCUGGACCUGAACACGGGAACCACCGGCCCCGUAUCCACCCUCUGGAACGGCACGGGCGGCGUCUACCCCGAGGGUCCGCACCUCUACCGCAAAGACGGCUACUACUACCUCAUGAUCGCGGAGGGCGGCACCGAGCUGGGCCACGCCGAGACCAUGGCGCGGUCCAAGCACCGCACCGGGCCCUGGGAGCCCUGUCCGUCGAACCCGCUGCUCUCGAACAAGGGCACGACUCAGUACUUCCAGACCGUGGGGCACGCGGACCUGUUCCAGGACGGGGCCGGGAACUGGUGGGCGGCGGCGCUGAGUACGCGGUCUGGACCUGACUGGGCGAACUAUCCCAUGGGGCGAGAGACGGUGUUGGUCCCGGCGACGUGGGACGAGGGGGAGUGGCCGGUUCUGCAGCCUGUGAGGGGCAGGAUGCGAGGGCCCUUGCCGCGGGCAGAUCGGGGUGGGUUGGAGGGGAAAGGGAGAGGUGUGUUUGCGGGGAGUCCGGAUAGAGUGGAUUUCAGGCCGGGGGAGUCUCUGCCCGCGCAUUUUCUGUAUUGGCGGUUUCCGAAGGACGGGAUGUUCAGUGUCUCGCCGAGAGGGCAUCCGAAUACCCUGCGCGUGAACCCGUCGUUCCAUAAUCUGACGGGUGGCGAGGACUGGAAGGCCUCGGAUGGGAUCAGUCUGGUUAUGCGGCGGCAGACGGAUACGUUGUUCACGUAUGGCGUCGACGUGGAGUUUGCGCCGAAGGUCGACGACGAGGAGGCUGGGGUGACGCUGUUCCUGACGCAGGAUCAGCAUGUGGAUCUGGGGAUUGUGCUGCUGCGGACAGAGGGUAAGACGUCGCUGUCGUUCCGGUUCCGGGCUACUGGGAAGGGGAAUUUCAAGGGGACGCUGGAGACGGAGGUUGUCCCUGUUCCGAGGGAGUGGAAGCAUGAAUCUAUCAGGUUGGAGAUCCAGGCUGUGAGCGAUACGAAGUAUACGUUCUCGGCGGCAGCUGGGGAGAAGAGGAAGGUCAUUGGGAGUGUGGAUUCGUUGGUGGUGAGUGGGGAUACGGGGAGGUUUACAGGUACUCUGGUCGGGGCGUAUGCGACGAGUAAUGGGGGAAAGGGGACGACGCCGGCGUACUUCAGUAAAUGGCGGUACCAGGGACAGGGCCAGAAGAUCGAUCAUGAUGUGAUCGUACGUGCAGAUUAG